AUGGCCUCAUGGCGGCCGUACACCUACUCCUCCUUGUCAUCAUCGGCGUCACGGCAAGUCUUGCCUCGGAAACCUCCUCCACUUCAUCAAGCUCUACAAGGCUAUCGACCUCAUAGCCGGCGUCGUCUUGGCGGUCCGCUGAUGGUUUAUCUCGACUCCAAUUCGGCAGCGGGCACCAUCUACGGCUUGACGAUUAUUAUUGCCGUUGGCACCGGUCUGUCCAUGGUGACCGGCUAUACCGUCGCCACACUGACACUUAAAGCGGAAGGACACAGGUGCUGGACUCAGAAUGCAAAACGUCUCACAGAUCGGCGGAACAACCAACUCAGCGAGUUCGACCAUCAUCAACACAGCAUAGAGCUAGACACAGAGCUCCUCCCGACAUGA